UCGCUGGCAGGCAGUGAGUGAAAGCUGCUUCUCACUGAUGAAACAGUCACACAGCAUUACACUCUCAGCGGAUUUUCUUUGAGCUACAAUGUUUCCCAGGCUAUUUUCUGUCAGCAAUCCUGCUUUCAAAUGUUUGCAAUCUUUCCACAACUAUGCGGCACGAGGGUUUGGCACUGCUUCUCUUGGUUCAGCAAAUUUAAAAGGUCGCAGUUGUCUGACAUUGAAAGAUUUCAACUCAGAUGAGAUCAAGAGGCUGCUGUGGGUGUCAGGAGACCUCAAGCAUCGCAUAAAGCAUGAAAAACAGUAUCUGCCUCUUCUGCAAGGGAAGUCAAUUGCUAUGAUAUUUGAGAAGAGGAGCACCAGAACAAGAAUGUCCACAGAAACAGGUUUUGCUUUGCUGGGUGGACACCCCUGCUUCCUUACCUCGCAGGACAUCCACCUGGGAGUGAAUGAAAGUUGCACAGAUACAGCUAGGGUGCUGUCAGGGCUCUGUGAUAUUGUCUUGGCCAGAGUGUACAGCCACACGACGCUGGAGGAGCUGCAAAAGGAGGCUUCCAUCCCCAUCAUCAACGGCCUGUCUGACCUCUAUCACCCCAUCCAGAUUCUGGCUGACUUCCUCACCUUACAAGAGCAUUAUGGAUCUCUGAGUGGACUGACAGUGAGCUGGAUUGGAGAUGGGAACAAUGUCCUCCACUCCAUCAUGAUGACUGCAGCCAAACUGGGAGUUCAUCUUAAGAUUGCCACACCAAAGGGGUACGAGCCAGAAAAGAGUGUUAUUCAAGAGGCACAAAAACUCUCCAAACAGCAUGGGACCCAGCUCCUUCUGACCUCUGACCCGAUGGAGGCUGCACAUGGCAGCAACGUUUUGGUCACUGACACCUGGGUCAGCAUGGGACAGGAAGAGGAGAAGAAGAAGAGGCUUAAGGACUUCAAAGGUUACCAGAUUACUAUGCAGACUGGAAGUGUGGCCAAACCAGACUGGACCUUCCUGCACUGUCUCCCUCGAAAAAUGGAGGAGGUGGAUGAUCAGGUAUUCUACUCAUCUCGCUCCCUUGUCUUCCCCGAGGCUGAGAAUAGGAAAUGGACCAUCAUGGGUCUGAUGGUUUCACUUCUGACAGACUACGCUCCGCAGACACAAAUGCCAAAGUUUUAACUUCGGGUCUUAAAGUGGAAUUAUAUUUGUGUGUCACGCUUCAUGACAAUCCCACUGCACGUACCUCUGCUGCAGCAACUGAUUUCUAGUUUUCACCCAGUCAUAAGCACCACAGCAAAAAAACUACAUGAAUUAUCCCAAAGAAACUGUGUUUACAUUGUUUAAUUGAAUGUGUGUGUGCGUUACUGUGUCUUCAGCUUUUUCCAAAUAAAUCAGAAACUUGCAGGACAAAAUACAAUCAGACCAAGCUGACCAAUCGCUGUUCUUCUGGCCUCCAGAUGGUAUCUGUGUGGACAUGUUAGCUGAUGCGUGUACAUUUUUGAGAAGGUUCACAUCAGUUGUUCUGCUUUAACACCUUCAUGCGCAAUUACCAAAUGCUUUGUUCAUACCACACUGCUAAACUGAUACACCACUGGUUUUCCACAAUAACGCUACAAAUCACACAUAUUGCACUUUGCAUUCAUGCAGAAUAUCUUCCAUAUUGUAAUGUGCAGUUCACAUUUGAAUCAAUACAGUAAGAAAAUCAACUUUGUCUUAUAAUCCACAUCAGCAGUAUGCAUCACGUUAAAUCUGUAGUUAGGACACAGUGGUGUGCCAGGGGUAUCCUUGGGGUCUUGUCCAACCCACCCAUGUUUCUGGCCUCUUUCUAAUAAAGGCAAACAAAAAGGG